CGUAAAUGUAUUCAUAACACCGAAAGUGCAUCAGUUACCAUAAAAAGGUUUAUUGGAUAUUUUCUUUCAAUAUACGCACCGCUUCUGUAGUUAACAGAUAUUAUAUUCAGUGCGUAACAUAGAGGUUCAUUCCAUUCUUUCAUUAUUUGGGUAGGUUAUUGAUGUACAUAUUAAUCCUAUAUCCUAUUUGCGCCUACAGAUAUAUGUUAUCGGAUGCACCCAGCACACGCAUCAACUAGUCUACGUUUUAUUGAGUCUUUUUAUUGUACAUACGAGGAAACAUUCCCAAGUGUCAAGUUGCUUUUGAGUUGCGAGUAUGAGCAUAAGGUAGGCCCCAGUGAGAUGUGAAAAAUCCAAAAAUGAUAGGCGCCCUUAGGUCUUCUGUCCAGAGUUAUAGACAUUUUACUGAAAUUGUAGCCUCUAGCAUAGUAAAUGCUAAUAAAUCGAAUGGUGGUAUUUCGACCUAAGAUUUUGCCCACAGAUAAGUCUAGUUGUGAGUAGGAUACCCUGAAAAUUUCAGCCCAAAAGAAUGUUUCUUUCUCGAGAUAUUAAAGUUUCAAAAAUCACUCAUAUAUCACGGAAGAUGCUAGAAUUUUCUGUUUUUUGAGACUUUAAUAUUUCGGGAAGGAAACAUUCUUUUGAGCUGAAAUUUUCAGGGUAUCCUACUCACAACUAGACCUAUCUGUGGGCAAAAUCUUAGGUCGAAAUACCACUAUUCGAUUUAUUGGUAUUUAUAAUGCUAGAGGCUAAAAUUUCAGUAAAAUGCCUAUAACUCUGGACAGAAGACCUAAGGGCACCUAUCAUUUUGAGGUUUUUCAUAUCUUACUGGGGUCUACCUUAUGUUCUUACUCUCGACUCAAAAGCGAUUUGACACUUGGGAAUGUUCCCUCGUUAGAUUCUGCCCAGUCGACGUGUUAGAAGUGUUCUUCGAACUAUUGAGAAAAUUAUACAUUGAUUUAACUAUUUUCGCUUCCGUAUAAGCCAUUAAUAUUCAGUUCUAGCUUGAUUUUUCAAUCUGUCUUUUUUCAGUUUUGCACCAAAAGACACCAAUCCAAAGCCUUUCAUUAAUCGUCAUAACUGAUACUCAAAGCAUUAAACAGAACUAUUUUUUUAUUUAGGUUCGAUCCAACAGCUUUUCGACAUGUGAUUAUCACAUUAAAAUAUAAACUAUUUUUUUUUUAUUUAAGUUCCAUUCAACAACUUAUCAAAAUGUAGGUAUCAAUUUAAAAUAUAAAUGAUUAUUUUUUUUAUGUAGGUUCGAUUCAAUAAUGUAUCAAAAUGUUCAAUUCGACAAUUUACCGAAAUGUUCAAUUCAACAAUUUAUCGAAAUGUAAGUAUCAAAUUAAAAUAUAAACUAUUUUUUUUAUUUAUGUACGAUUCAACAGCUGAUCGAAAUGUUCAAUUCAACAAUUUAUUGAAAUGUGCGAUUCAACAACUGAUCGAAAUGUUUGAUUCAACAAUUUAUCAAAAUGUUCAAUUCGACAAUUUAUCGAAACAUGCGAUUCAACAAUCUAUUGAAAUGUAA